AACCCCAAGGCUUCCCAAGAGGAGUGACGGCAGAGUCCUGGCGGAACACAGCGUUGCUGCGUUGUCAUGGCGGCCACGGCGUCCACCACCACCACUAUUGCAAGGCGAUUGAGGGCAUUCAAGAGAUGGAUGAAGUCACAGGGCAUAGACUGCAGCGACGCCCUAGAAAUCACGCAUUCCCUCGACCAGGGCAUCUCCGUGUACGCCAAAUGCGACCUGGAGGAGGGCGAUGUUGUGGCCACCAUUCCCAAGGACUCGUGCCUCACUGUCAAGACCUCUGGUGCUAAGGACAUCAUUGAAGAGUAUGGUUUUGAGGGUCCUCUGGGGCUCUCUUUUGCCCUAAUGUAUGAGAUUAGCUUGGGCCAUGCCUCUCCCUGGGCUCCCUAUCUUCAUCUCUUGCCGAAUUCGGAGUCGUUGCCGUUGGUCUGGAGCCUCGAUGAGGUUGAUUCACUUCUUUCUGGUACCGAGAUCCACAAGAUAGUGAAAGAAGAUAAGGCACUUAUUUAUGAUGACUGGAAAGAGAACAUUCUACCCCUUAUGGAUUCAACAUCUUUAAAGCUCAGUCCAGACUUCUUUGGUGUUGAACAGUACAUUGCUGCAAAAAGCCUUGUUGCAUCUCGAUCUUUUGAGGUAGAUGAUUACCAUGGGUUUGGGAUGGUUCCUUUGGCUGAUCUCUUUAAUCACAAGACGGGAGCUGAGAAUGUACACUUUACCACUGAAUUGUCUCAUGGUGACUCCGAUAAUGAUACAGACAACAAUGAUGAGGGCAACAAUAUGAGUGAUAAUAAACCACUUCCUCAAAAUUCUUUCGAUGAUGGUAACUUGGAAGACCCUUCAUAUUUGGGGAGUGAUUCGAUGAUUUUGGAAACAAUUAUUGUGAAAAGUGUCAAAGCCGGGGAUGAGGUAUUUAAUACAUAUGGGUCUAUGGGUAAUGCUGGAUUGCUACACAGAUAUGGAUUUACAGAGCCUGAUAAUCCGAAUGAUAUAGUGAAUAUUGAUCUUGAACUGGUACUUCAUUGGAGUUCAGCUUUGUUCUCUGGUCGGCAUAGUAGAGGAAGGCUUUCAUUGUGGAGGAGGUUGGAUUACCAUGGAUGUGUGAGCCAGAAUUCUGAAUAUUUUGAAAUCUCAUCUAAUGGGGAACCCGAAAUUGAGCUGCUGAUUUUGCUUUACAUAAUGUUACUGCCAGAGGAAGCAUAUAAUAAGCUGGAUCUUAUAGUAUCUACUGCAGGAAAUUUGAAUGAAACGGUGAUUUCAUUGGAAAGGGGCAUGAUUCCUUUUGGAAAAACUUCAGAAAUAAGCAAGGAAUUGUUGCUGACCAAAAGUGUGUGUGAUGCCCUGUUGGCACUUGCAGAUGCUCGGGAGAGCUUAUAUGGUUCAAAUUCUGUAGAUGAUAUUGAUGCAUUGAGGAGUUGUUGCAUAAGUGAUCGGAAGUUAUACCAUUCUCUGAUGUUGCGUGUGAGUGAGAGGAUGAUCCUCAAGAAGCUGAGGACUUAUGCUGCUACUGCUGCUGCUCAAUCACACCCAACUGCAAAGGGAACUCUUUCAAGGAAGAAGUUGAAGAGAACAUGAAAUGCACCACAGACUCAAACAAGGCAUUCAUUCCAUUUCUAUCAUACUUUGCUUGUGUUUCUACAAUGCUGCAAUCUGCUGGCAUUUCAUCAAAGACAUGCAGUUUUUUUUAUGCUUUCUGGAUUAAACAUUGCCUUGUUAUGUGAUUUUGGUUGAAAUUUUACCUUUUCCACAUCUUUACUAUUCUGUACACCCAUUAUCCCGUUACCUUAGAAGUUGGAUAAUCUAUCUGGGAAUAUUAUUGAAGUUUGUUGA